AUGGUGCGGGUCCGAGCCGUGGUGAUGGCCCGAGAUGACUCCAGUGGGGGCUGGCUGCCUGUGGGGGGCGGGGGCCUCAGCCAGGUGAGCGUAUGUCGGGUCCGAGGGGCCAGGCCCGAGGGUGGGGCCCGCCAGGGGCACUACGUCAUCCACGGGGAGCGCCUCCGGGACCAGAAAACUACCUUGGAGUGUACCCUGAGGCCAGGUUUGGUUUACAACAAGGUGAACCCCAUCUUCCACCACUGGAGCCUGGGCGAUUGUAAAUUUGGGCUGACAUUUCAGAGUCCUGCAGAGGCUGAUGAGUUCCAGAAGAGCCUGCUGGCUGCACUGGCCGCAUUGGGUCGAGGCUCGCUCACCCCCUCCUCUUCCUCCUCCUCCUCCCCUUCCCAGGACACAGCAGAGACCCCCUGCCCUUUGACGUCCCACGUGGACAGCGACUCCUCCUCCAGUCACAGCCGCCAGGAGACGCCUCCCACCGCCGCAGCGGCCCCCAUCAUCACUAUGGAGUCGGCUUCUGGCUUUGGGCCGGCCACGUCCCCCCAGCGCCGCUGCUCCUCAGCUCAGAGCUACCCUCCGCUUCUACCGUUCACGGGGAUUCCAGAGCCCUCGGAGCCCCUGGCCGGGGCAGGAGGCCCAGGCUGGGGCGGCCGCGGCUAUGAAGAUUACCGGCGCUCCGGGCCGCCCGCGCCUCUCGCCCUGUCCACCUGCGUCGUGCGUUUCGCCAAGACCAGCGCUUUGAGGGGCGCAGCCCUGGGGCCCCCAGUGGCACUACCCGCCCCUCUGACCGAGGCUGCCCCCCCAGCGCCUCCCGCUCGCCCACCUGCGGCCCCGGCCCCAGCCCCCGCGCCGGUCCCUGAAACCCCAAGGUCCCAGAUGCUGGAAUUCUGGCCCCCAGCAAUCCUCAGAAGUACCCCUUUAUCCUAG